GAAACACACCAUAGCACUAAACUCAACAUCAGUGAAGGCCACAGAUCUGCUUCAUUACAGUCAUUAACAUUGUCAAGGUUUGAUCUGCAUUUUUCUACAUUUCAUGCACCUUGAUAAAUAUCAGGACGGAACCUUCAGCUUCGAGCACUGGAGCGAUACGGACUGUUUUUGCAGACGCACCGCUGAGCUCAGGAGAAUUUAAACAGUUUAGGAUGGCUCAAGCUGACAGCAGGGCUCUGGCUUUGGGAGUUCUGGCAGGGGCUGCUGGGAUCAGCUUGGCGAUCGUCUGCUUCCGGAAAGUUGGAGCAGGUGGUGGCAGAGUCCUGAGCAGCAGCGCAGAUCACACGGGAGGCAGUCUGGGUCUACAGACGGGCCAGACAGAAGUGCUGGAUCGGCUGGGUGCUUUGAUCCAUUGUGUGUCUGAGCUCAAAGAGGAGGUAAAAGCACUGAAGGAUGCACUUCCGCACCUGCAGGACAACGUCAGAGAUCAGCUGAGGGGCCGAAGCAGGGAAGAAAUUGGUGCUCGCAAGGCAAGUCCACUUCAUCGAACUCCUGCCAGGAGAAAAAGAGCAGGUGCCCCAGCUAGAAGUGAAGGACAAAGCUCGGAAGAGGCAGAGAGUGAAGGAGGGUAUAUAACCGCACUGACAGAUUCUGAGGAAGAGGAAAGUGACGAUGAACGAAAGCCACUGCAGGAACCAGUGGAUGAACUCAUGGCUCUGCUGCAGAAAGCAGACCGACUGCACAGCUGUAACGGCGCAGAGAAAGCACAAGGCCUGAAUGCUCUGCUGGAGAGGAAAGAAGAGUUUGAUCAGAAGUGGCAGUACCUUUGGCGGUUGUCCAGAGCCUAUGCAGAUGCACAUGAUUUUGCCGUGGACCUUGCAGAGAAGAAGAACUACGCUGAAAACGGAAAGAAAGUUGGUGAAGAGGCAAUAUCCAUCAAUCCACUCUGUGCAGAAGGUCAUCAGUGGUAUGCUAUACUUUGUGGACUCCUGACAGAAUAUGAAUCUAUUCAGAAUAAAAUUAAAAAUGGCUACCUUUUUAAGGAUCAUCUGCAUAAAGCGAUCGAGUUGAAACCUGAAGAUCCUCUUUCGUAUUAUCUGCUGGGCCGCUGGUGUUAUGCUGUGUCACAAUGUACGUGGAUUGAGAGGAAAAUCGCUGCUACUCUGUUUGGAGAGCCACCCAGUGCCACAGUCCAGGACGCCCUGCAGAACUUCCUCAAGGUGGGACGUACCUCUGAUUACCUGCCCAUACUGGCAGAAGAGAUCGCUCCCAAGUACUCAAAAUUCAACUAUGUGUUUUUAGCCAAGUGUUACAAAGACUUGGGUCAGAGGAGUCAAGCCCGACAGAUGUGUGACGCUGCCUCUGCAAUGAGCAUUAUGACUAAAGAGGACGAGGAGGCACAGAAGGAAUUGGACUCUCUUGUGGCAUCACUUUAACAAGUCUCCAACAAAAGGGAACAAAGGCUCUCUGUCUUUGUGUUCCAUCUCUUUGGACUCGACUGUGACUGGACUGUAGCUCUUUACCCACAAACCAACACAUGAACUACUAAUGUUGGCCAGGCCACGGAAUUUAUUGUGCCUCCAUUAAAGUGCACAAAGUACUGUAUGUGUUUUACAAGACAAUUUCUUUUAUUAUUUUUUUUAUCUCCCCCCCCCCAGGAAUAUUUUAGACAUUAACAGUAAUAGUAGCAAUACACAAAAGCUGUGACCUAUUGACAAUGCCAUGACUAUCAGUGGCUGCUGUUAAAAUGAAUUUCACAUUAAUGAUAUCUUCAAAUACCCACAACAUGAAAGAUGUCAUCUUUUAGAUUUUGUAAAAAAAAAAAAAAAAGUUAAGAUAAAAAUGUUUAAAAUUACAGUAUUUUGUGGAUUAUUUGGGUGAAGUGACAGCUGCAGCUUGAAACAUAUUCUGACCAAAAACCGUAGGAAAGAUCUGUCUGACCAGAAUUAAAAGUGUCCAAUUACUUUUGCUUUAAUGUGCCAUUUAUGGGCGUGUUUUUGUAAUCAGAAUUUCUGUCCAUCCAAUUUGUAGCUACAGAUUAUUUCAUAAAACAGCAUGGCUGUAAAGUUAUAUUUGUGGAAAUCUAGUUUACCUCCUAAUAAGUGUCUGAAACAAAACAUUUGAAUAUUGAAGAACUUUGGCACAUUAAAUAAUUAGUUUGUCCGAAAAGCUGCUGAUAUUAGAAUGUGUGCAUGUAAAACUGAAAUUCUAUUAUACUGUAUAUAUUAAACUUUUAUAGCAUGUUUCUCCCUCUAGAAAUGCAGUCUUUUUUUUUUGUUUUUUGUUUACGGAUAACCGAACAGCUCAAUCUGGAUUUAAUCACUUAUCUGAGUUCUCUUUGUGGAAUCUGUAUUAUUGUUUGUUUUUCAGUAUGAUAUAGUAAGCAGAUAACUUGGAUGACUUGAAUUCACAUACUUUUUUUUUUUUUUUUUUUGGACCAAAGAUAAUUGUACAUCUGAGAAAUUAUGGGGACCAUGUAAAUGGAAGAUAAUUUUUCCUCUUAUGUAAUUGCUAAUAUUGUUUUAAUAUAAUUUAAUAUAAUUUUGUGGUGUUUAUAUGAUUCAGCAUUAAGAAUGUAAUAAUUGUUUGUAUGUUUACAUGAUUGCACUUGCUCUAUAUGGUACAUUUUAGAUUGGUGGUUAUCUGUACAGAACAUGGAUACUGUAACCGGGCAUGUGAAGAUCAUCACUUCAUCGCUGCUGCUCAGUACAAUAUACAAUAAGGUGAAUUCA